CAUACCGAGGGAAAGCUUACGCGACCCAGCUCCAGAGGUUUUCCGACUAAACACGCGGUUUUUCUUUCGUUCGUCAUCGGUUCUACUUGGAUUGACGUUGAUUUUUUUUUCGAAAUGAUGGUGAAUUGACUCUGUUUGUUGCGAUGAAUGCUAUCAGUUCACUGGCUAUUUUUGUGACCUUGUUCUUCCACGUUGGUUGUGACAAUUGGCAAGAAUGGUGGACGUACGAUGGUAUUUCAGGUCCAGGAUAUUGGGGCCUGAUGAACCCACAGUGGAACAUGUGUUCGAAAGGACGAAGACAAUCCCCGAUCAACAUAGAACCCGAUAAAUUGUUGUUCGAUCCUUACUUGAACAGCCUAAACAUCGACAAACAUAAAGUGAAUGGCGUUCUGUACAACACGGGACAGUCGUUAGUGUUCAGGGUGGACAAGGACACCAAGCACCUGGUGAACAUAUCCGGUGGUCCUCUGGCCUACAGGUAUCAAUUCGAAGAGAUCUACAUACACUACGGAACGGAGAACAGACAGGGAUCGGAACAUCAGAUAUACGGAUAUACGUUUCCCGCUGAGAUUCAACUCUACGGAUUCAAUAAGGAACUCUAUCAUAAUAUGUCAGAAGCACAACAUAAACCGCAGGGGAUCGUCGGGAUAUCAUUAAUGGUCCAGAUAGGAGAAAAACCAGAUGAUGAAUUCAGGAUCAUCACAACCGUUUUUCCCAAAGUUAGAUAUAAAGGGGCCUCGAUGUUCAUAAAGCACCUAUCCAUAAGAACCAUGCUGCCAGACACAGACCACUUCAUGACGUACGAGGGCUCGACCACCCACCCGGGAUGCUGGGAGACAACGGUGUGGAUCCUCCUUAAUAAGCCCAUUUAUAUGACAAAAAGCGAGCUUUACCAACUCAGGAAGUUGAUGCAGGGUUCUGAAGAAUCACCUAAAGCACCUUUAGGCAACAACGCACGUCCAAUACAGCCUCUCCAUCAGCGAACAAUCCGCACAAAUAUAAAUUUUGGAAAUUCUAAGCACAAAGGGUGUCCGACAAUGGAGCAAAAUUUGCAUUACAGAGCUAAUAAAUGGUCCUCCAAUGUGAAAGAUCUCCACAGUUCACAUGCACUGCACUGAGCCAUCCAUUUUGGUCUUCGGGGUCGAGGUCCUGACUCCUAGUGAGGAGGGGGAUUCAGAUGAUGGACCAACAGAUCAAGGCCAAUGACUGGAGAACCCCAGGGAUGAGGAAUGAUCUUUGAGAACGUACAACUUUUGACUCCAUCAAUAAUUGUGGAAAAAAAGUGUUCUGCCUAAAAUGAUCUGAGUUUAUUGUCAAUUUCUCAAAUAUAACGAAAAAAAUCCUUAUUGUAAUACACUAUAGAACUCAAUUACUGAAUUACUUGGAUGAUAUCUAGAAAGGAAGUCUUAUCAACAUGAGUCCUUAAACGCUUUUUUUCAUAUACAGGGUAUUGAAACUUAAUUGAUUUAUGGUGCCCCAUUGGUAGUUCUCUAAAUUCAACCUUUUAGAUUACAUAAGGUGCUAAAAAUACUUCUUCUAAAAUAUCAAAUGGCCAUUGUGAAGAAACUUUUUCGAAUACAUAAACCAAAUCGUGUAUGCAUCGAAUGUUCAUAAUGCUAAUUUAAGGCACUAUAAAGAAAAAUGAUUCCUUCAGGCACAAAAAAUAUAUUAGGUGAGUCCAAAAAUGUCAUGUUGUUCGGUGAUUUCAAGAAAAUGAGUGGAAUUUCAUUAAUUUUCAGAUAGUUUGUAGGACAUCAAUAUCAAAUGCGAUUGAUGAUGUUAAAACAUUUCCUGAAUUGUCGAAUACAUAUUUGUGGAAAUAUUUCAAUAAAAUCCAACAUAAAUACUUGGAGAAAAUUAUCAGUAAACGACAUCAUUUUCUGAUACACCCUGUAGGUUAGUAUGUUUCAUUUACUUAUUCGGAAUUUCGGGCAUUCAGAUAUAUGCAGUUAUAUCAGAAAUACAUACAUAACAGAUAUAUCAGUUUAGUUCAGAAGAUGUCAACAUCAUCAAUCACAAUUGAUAUUGAUAUACCAAAAGAUACCUGAAAAUUAAUAAAAUUCCACCCCUCAAUUUUUUUGGAAUCACUGAAGAACUUGAUAUCUUUGGACUCUCCCCCUAUAUAUCAGCUUCUGUGCAGGAAUCAUUCUCUAUAGUGGACUUCAAUCAGCUGUAUGAACAAUCGAUGCAUACUCGAGUCAAUUUAUAUAUUCUGAAAAAAUUCCUUUUUUUUUAAUGAAUGAAUGAAUUUGUGAUGAAGUUUUUGAGAUAUUGGUUAUCACCAACGGUAGUAUCUAUGUACUUUCGUUUGCGUGAAAAACUUUCACGAGAUCCCAAUGUUUUCAUAAGAAACAGAUUCUUUUUUAUAUUUUUCAAACUACCAAUGGCAGAAAUAAGAAUGCUAUUAACGCCCUCUAUCUUGGAAAUGGAGCAUUUAUGGCUCAUAUUUUUGAGACUUGUUCGAAAUUAUCUCUCUUGUUUGUAACACCUUUAAUUUGAAUACAAAAACAGUUCUAUUGAGAAAUUGACAUAAAUACUUUUUCACUCAUCUAUUUCAUUUGUAACACCUUUCACAUUGAAUACAAAUUCAGAUCUAUUGAAAAAUUGACAUAAAUUCCUACGAAUUUAAGGUCUUUAUAUGGCAAGAGAUUUUUAAAUUUAGGAAAUGUGAAACUCCUUUUUCUGCAAAUUUUAUUAAUGUUAAAAGUUGUAAUGGUAAUACCACUCAUUUUUAAAGACUUUUUCAUUUGUUUACCGAUUCAUUUUUGUUUGAGUUUGGUCAUAACAUUUUUUCAUCAGCAUCAGAGAUGUAUUGGCUUAAAAAAUUUUUUCCUGAAUUUCCUCUAGUCGAAUAUGCUCAAAAAAUUAUCAAAUUACCAACCUCAAACAAAAAUACUUCCUCAAAUAUUGUAAUUUAGUUACCAAGGACUUAAAAACAACGACAUUAGAAGGAUAUGGAGGUACUUCAUUCAUUGGUCAACACGUGUGAGUAUAUGUGACAUCUUUACUGUGUAAAUAAUGAUGGAUGAUUGUAGUUUUGUGAUACAACGCAAUAAUAAUAAUUAAAAGUGGACUAUUAUAGUGAUGCGAUGGACUCAAGUGUGAUGAGCUUAUAGACAUUGAUUCAAAAGAACUUGUAUAGUUGAUUUCUUCAAAAUGUGAUGGAUUGUAUUACGAAACACAGAUAUUUCUAUAAAAAACUCAAUUGGCAUUUCUUCGUUUCGAAUUAUUAGUAAUUAAUGCAUAAUAUUUCAAUUGAUUAUAAGGCAAAUAUUGUUUCGAAAAGUUCGAAUAUUGUAAGCUCCUAAAUCUGUGAUUUAUAUUCAAAUAUACUUUUGGGCUUCAAACUUUAUCCCAAUUAUAAAGAGCUUAGUUUUCCUAGCAAAUACAUUUUUUAUGAAGCAACACGGUCAUGAAUCGUAUCGAAAAAUAGAAAUACCAGUGUAUUGUAAUCAGUUCAAUCGCGAUCUAUUCAUUGAACAACCAGAGAAUAUAUAUAUAUAUAGCCCCAAGAGAGAAAUUUGUGACAUGGAUACAAUAAUGUAUAUUAGCGGUAUCCAAAAAAGCCCAUAACCAAACCUAUAUUGAUUCGAGUAGGGUGAGUAAAUUGUUGCUGCUAAUUCCAAAAUCAAUUUCGUCUAUUGGGACGAAGAAAUUAUGAUGUUAAUUUUUUAUUAUCGUCCAUGUCCCGCUUAGACCUAGAAUGGGAAAUCUGAGGAAAAUAUCUGAAUUAAUAGUUUAGUUGAAUAUCUAGCAAUGUUUGCUACCAGAAAAAAAUAACGGAAUUAUGUUCUUAAGAAGACCUUUACAAGUGUAAAGAUUCCACACAUGACAAGAUUUCUAUGUAGUUCUAUAUUCAGCUACAAAUGCGCAUAUUCGGGUGUUUUUUGAUAGCUACGAGUAUACCAACUACGUACAAAAUUGUAAUUUACUAGUUGUUCGUUCUUGACCAUCCUGAGAAAUCGUCUCGUGAGAAGGCCUUAUAUUAAAGGCUACACACACGGGACGAUUUCUAUUUCGUCCUGUUCCCAUCUCAACAUGCAGAAAUCCGGUGAAGAGAUUCUAGUCCGGAUUAUCCGGAAUCCUAUUCCUGCCACAAUUAUCACGAUUCAAUUUUUCAAUUCGGCUAAAUACUUCCAAAGUCGUCUAAAUCCGGGGCUGGCGCACGGAAAGUUCUCCGCUGUAUCUCGGAACGUCUCCCGGAGUAUAAUUCCGAGGGAUCCUUUGCUGCAGAAGGUCCGAACACUUAUAUUCAUUUCAAUCAUGUCCGUAUGUCAGCUUUAGACGAAAUGAAGCCCGAAGUCUGAGAAUAAUCGCGGCAUCAGCUGGCACUUAAUUAAAGUGAUGCCUACCUCCCGGAUCUCCCGGAUCCGUUAGGACUGUGACAAACUGGAAAACUUGAGGAUAAUCUCCCUUCUUUCUAAAUUAAAGUGCCAGAUUUUUUUCGGGGAGGAUUUCCGAAAUCGGACGGUUGGCAGAUGUGGAAUAAAUUGGGGAAGUUGGGAAGAUCCCCAGUUGAGCAUAACUGGUCAAUUCUUGGACGGAAUUAAUCGGUUUUUGGAAUAAAAUGUUUUUGGAUAAUCAUACCCGGUUCCUUCACCAUUUUGUUGCUAAUUCACUGUGAUUUUCAAUUCCAGUGAAUUUAUCUUUUGAUGAUGAUGAAAGUGGAAUUACCUAUCCUCAAUGUGAUUUGGCAUAGAAGCGAAUGUUCACAAUAAGGAAUAAAAUCGUUUUUCGGGUUAAAAGUUUUGGAGCCUACGCCAUUUCGUUGCUACUAUUCCUCAAAGUCUGGGUAUUUUCACUCCGUUAACUAAGGUUUCAUUUCUGUAUGACCUUCCAGAAGUGAGAACAUUCAGUCUAAGAGUAGUUCAAGAGGAAAUUCAAUGUGGAAAUAUAAUAAAAGGUAGUUUUUCGGGUUGAAAAUUCUCGUAAACCAAAUACCGGUUCCUUCGCCAUUUUGUUGCUAAUACACUUUCCUUCUGAGGCCCAGUAUUUCAAGUAUCAGUAAGAUCAAUUUAUCUUUCCUUGUGAACCAAACUGCUGAAAGUGAGAGUACCGAGUCUGAGUGUAAUUUGAUUCGAAGUAAAAUAGAUAUUCAACAUGAGAACUACCUAUGAAAACAAUCACUUUUGUUUCACCUAUUAUAUAGAUGUGUGUAGAUGAUAGAGCUUAAUAUUUUUCCAACUUCUUUGUUAUGGUAUAAUUUGGAUUUGAUCAUUUCUUCAGAUAUCCCAUUCAGUGAUAUAUUACUGAAAAUUUAGUCCUAACUUUAAUAUGCUUCGAGUAGCACAAAGAUGUAAGUCUAUUGCCAAAUUGUGGGAAGAAAUUAUAACAAAAAUUAUUAAUAAAUAUGUUUUAUACA